AUAUAUAUAUAUUUAUUUAUUUAUACGUUGAAUAUUUAAAGCAGUAAUUUCUAUAAAUACAUUUAUACAUAUAUAAUAGAUACGCAAUUUACUUAAAUAAUUAAAUACUUAUUACAUUGAGAAUAAUUUUUCGUUGUUUUAAUAAGAUAAAAUAUAAAAAGAAUAGCUUCAUAAGUAGUAGACACAUUAAGAGAACAACUAUUUUAUAAUCAUAAUGAAAUUAGUAUUAUUUGUACCAUAAAUAAUAGUGGAAAAAGGGAAAGAAACUUUUGAUAUUGUAAACGAAGUAGUGAUUUACUAUAAUCAACUUGACACUUAAUAUAUAUACGUUUAUAUGUGUUUAUAUAUUUGUUUAUAUUUACUUAUAUGUAUAUGACAGUACGCACAUAUGUUCAUGUUCUAUUUAUGUGAAUAUACGUAUAAAAAAACGACUUUAUUUUUAAAAUUUCAUUCUGAUUAAUCAAAAAUAACACCUAUAGAAUCUUAGAAAUAAUAGACUAACCUUUUUUUAUUUUGCGCAAUUAGCAAAUCUUUAAAAACAGCUAAAAUUAGAUACACAUAUAUAUAAUAUAUAUAAUAUAAUAUAUAUAUUAAGAAAAACAAAAUGGAUGCUUAUAUGUGUGAGGAUGCUAUCACUGGAUUUAAAAAAGAAUAUGAAUUGUUGAAUUGGUGUAAGUAUACAUUAAAACCCGAGUCGUAUUUUUUUAGAUAAAGUAAAUAUAUAUGAUUCGAAUGGUGACACUUCCAAAGAUGAAGCGAUAUGGUAUAACAACAAAACAAACCAUUUGGAAGAUUAUUUUAAAGGCAUUGGAAAUAAUUUUCUUUUUUUUUUUAGUAAAAAUGUUAUGGUUUACGAUAAGUCAGAUAUUAGUUGUUGUAUUUGAAAAUAUAUAUUACGUUAAAUUUAAAAAAUGCUAUAAAUAAUACUUUGGAUAAUAAAGUUAAAAAUAGUAGUAGUAUUAAACACAAAAAUUAUAUUAGUUUCUUUAUUGUAGUUUUAAAUGGUACAAAAAAAGAAUUAUAACAUUAUUGGAAUGUUUAUCUAUGCAGAUUAUUGCAGCAACGGGCAUUAUUGUAUCAACGAGGAUUAUAGUAACAGUAGAGAUUAUGAUAACAGUAGAGAUUAUAGUAACAGUAGAGAUUAUAGUAACAGUAGAGAUGAUGGCAGUAAUAAGGAUAAUAAUGGAAACAGUGGAAAUAAUACUGGAAAUAGUGGAAAUAAUAAUGGGAACAGUGGAGAUAAUAAUGGGAACAGUGGAGAUAAUAAUGGGAACAGUGGAGAUAAUAAUGGGAACAGUGGAGAUAAUAAUGGGAACAGUGGAGAUAAUAAUGGGAAUAAUGAAGAUGAUGAUAAAAAUGGGGAUAACGAAAGAAGUGACGAUGAUGAAAAAAGUGACAAUGAUGAAAAAAGUGAUGAUGAUGAAAACAGUGACGAUGAUGAAAAAAGUGACCAUGAUGAAAACAGUGACAAUAAUAAAAACAGUGACAAUAAUAAAAACAGAUUUAAUAAAAAUAGAAAUAAUAUAAAUGGAUAUAAUAAAAAAGGUACUAUUAAGGUAAAUAAUAAAGAAAGCAGUAACGGUGAAAAUGACAGUAUGCAACAUGUGUUUAGUUUAAAAUAUGGCAUCGAUGAAAUAAGUAAAUAUAAUUAUAAUAUAAAUAACAAUUAUAAUGAUGAUACAACAAGCAGUAAAAGUACAAUAACUACGAAUUGGACUAAUAAUAGCACAAAUAAUAUUUUAUACGAAGAUAACGACAACAUUAAUGUAAAAUUUAUAAAGAUAAUGUACUUGAAAAUAAUAAUGAUACAUCUUUAAAUAAUGUUAAUAUCGUGAAAAAUAACAAAUCAAAGUUUAGAAUGAAUAAUAAUGGAGUGAAAAAUGGAGUGGAAAAUGAAGUGGAAAAUAAAGUGGACAAUGGAGUGGACAAUGGAGUGGAAAAUGAAGUGGAAAAUGAAGUGGACAAUGGAGUGGACAAUGGAGUGGAAAAUGGAGUGGACAAUGGAGUGGACAAUGGAGUGGAAAAUGGAGUG